GUGGUGUGUUUCUUCUGUCAUUUUUCCCUUCAGAAGGAACUUUUGGGGCUUUUCCGCCGCCUCCGCUCAUAGCACAUAAUAUCUUUAUUCCUAAUUUGCGAUAUUAGUUGGAAUCUUUAAGUGUUUUUGUGACUAUAUCCUAAGUUGUGAGACACCUGUCCGACAUUUGAAGGGUGUUUAUUCCAGGAAGAUUGCGCCUCUUCAGUGAAACCAUCAUCUUAUAAUCAUGGCUCUUACUAAAUUAAAGGGAAACCUUGAAAGGAUAUUGGACAAAAAUCUGGCUGAUUUAGUAAGAGGCAUCAGAAACAACAAGGAAAAUGAAGUCAAGUAUAUCGCUCAAUGUAUUGAAGAAAUCAAGGCAGAGCUCAAGCAAGAAAACAUUGCAGUAAAAGCUAACGCUGUGGCAAAGCUGUCAUAUCUUCAAAUGAUUGGCUAUGACAUCAGCUGGGCUGGCUUCAAUGUAAUUGAGGUUAUGAGCUCCAAUAAAUUCACUUUCAAAAGAAUAGGAUAUUUAGCUGCAUCCCAAAGCUUCCAUCAAGACACUGAGGUACUCAUGUUAACCACAAAUAUGAUCAGGAAAGAUUUGAGUAGUCAAAAUCAGUACGACGCUGGUGUGACAUUAUCAGGAUUGGCAUGUUUCAUCAAUCAAGAUUUAGCCAGAGACCUAGCAAAUGAUCUGAUGACAUUGUUGUCUUCAACUAAGCCUUACAUAAGGAAAAAAGCCGUGUUGCUUAUGUAUAAAGUUUUCCUUUCGUUUCCCGAUGCCUUGCGGCCUGCAUUCCCCCGUCUAAAAGAAAAGCUGGAAGAUCCGGAUCCCGGUGUACAAUCGGCCGCCGUUAACGUCAUUUGUGAGCUGGCCAGAAAGAACCCCAAAAAUUAUCUCAGCCUGGCCCCAAUUUUCUUCAAAUUGAUGACAUCAUCUACCAAUAAUUGGAUGCUCAUCAAGAUCAUUAAAUUGUUUGGAGCUUUAACACCCUUAGAGCCUCGCCUUGGCAAAAAGCUGAUUGAACCUUUAACUAAUUUGAUUCACAGCACUUCAGCGAUGUCGCUGCUCUAUGAAUGUAUCAACACUGUCAUUGCGGUUCUAAUUUCCAUAUCGACCGGCAUGCCUAGUCACAGUGCAUCUAUUCAGCUGUGUGUUCAGAAGUUGCGUAUUUUGAUCGAAGACUCUGAUCAGAAUUUGAAAUACCUUGGUCUACUAGCCAUGUCCAAGAUCUUGAAAACGCACCCGAAAUCCGUUCAAGCGCACAAGGAUUUGAUCCUGCUUUGCCUUGAUGAUAAAGACGAAUCGAUACGGUUACGCGCUCUAGACCUUCUCUACGGAAUGGUGUCAAAGAAGAACCUCAUGGAAAUUGUCAAGAAGCUGAUGGUGCACAUGGAUCGAGCAGAAGGAACGCAGUACCGUGACGAGCUUCUUUCUAAAAUCAUCGAAAUUUGCUCUCAAGAUAAUUAUCAUUUCAUUACCAAUUUUGAAUGGUACAUAAGCGUUUUGGUGGAUUUGAGUCGAAUGGAAGGCCUCCGCCAGGGUCACGUUGUGGCUUCUCAGCUGAUGGAUGUAGCGAUCCGCGUUCCUGCCAUUCGUCCAUUUUCUGUUGAACAAAUGGCUCUCUUGUUGGAAACAUCGAGUGGCUUUGCUAUUCGUGGAAUCACCGGACAAGUGGCCUUCUCUUCCAUGUGCGAAGUGCUUUACGCAGCCGCCUGGAUCUGUGGAGAAUUCGCAUCGCAUCUUAAAGAGCCUGAAGCGGUUUUGGAAUGUAUAUUGAAAAACAAAGUGACUGUACUCCCUGGUCAUAUUCAAGCUGUUUUCAUCCACAAUCUGAUGAAGCUUUACGCUCACAUUCUUCACAAGGCGUCCACGGCGAAUGAGAAAGAGAAAGCACAAUUGACGCUGUGUGUCCUUCAAGAGCGGCUGACUCCGUUCAUGCAAAGUGCCGAUUUGGAGGUUCAGGAGCGCGCCAGCACCGCUGUCCACGUCCUCAAAGUGAUUUCCAAAUUGCAGGACGCUGGCGAAGGAGACGUUGUCAACGAAUUGAUGCAGCUCUUCCAAGGCGAGCUGAAUCCAGUAGCGCCUAAAGCUCAGCGCAAAGUUCCAUUACCUGAAGGUUUGGAUUUGGACGCCUGGAUCAACGAACCGGAACCAGAGUCGGAUGAAGAACCCAAAGCUGACGGAGCAGGGUCCCUUGAUAUUUUCUACAAGUCGAGCACAUCCGCGCCCGACUUCCGCGACGGCUACCAAGGCGAAGGCGUUUACGACGAAGGUGACCAGGCCCAGUCAGACGACGUCCGCCAGCAGGCGCUUCGGCAGCAGCAGGUGCGCCGUGAAGCCCUUCGCGUCGAGCAGGCCAGCAACCCGCAUUAUCUCAAGGGUUCCAGCCAAGCGCGACGGUCACCUUCGUCUUCCUCGCAAUUAUUAUCUCCGACCGAAGAGAUCCCCGUCAUGUCCAUCAACUUGUCCGUUCCACUUCAAGUCUCCACUAGUAGGAAACUCUCCGACAAAUACUUGGAGCUCGAACGAAACAAGGAAGCCUCUUCCGAUUCCAAGAAACAUCGAUCCAAGCGGGACAAGAAAAAGAAGAAAAAGAAGGGUUCCAGCGACGAGGAAGAGGCCGCCGAGAUUGUUGCUCCACAAGUGAUAUCUACCAUGGAGUUGCCGGAAGGAGCGCGAUUGUCGGACUCUGAAGACGAUGGGCGACCACAGACGGACCCCCACCGCGCAUUGAACAUUGAUUUAGAAGACCAUUCUUAUCCGAAAGAAAAACCGGUGGUGCGAGUAACCCUGGAACCGGCAGCCGCGCCACCAAUCCCAGCCAAAUCCAAGAAACCCAAGUCGAGAAACGGGGUAGAAGGUCUCAAGGAAGAGAAAGCCAAGAGAAAGAAAACGAAACAGGAGAAAGAGGAGAAUGCGCCGCCGCUGCCACCGACGACUAAGGGCGUUAACCUCAAUGACGAUCUUGACUUUUGGUUGUCGGCCAGCAACGGCAACGACGCCAAGGAAAAGAAAGUCGUCGCGAAAAGUGAACUGACCAUCGAUGAAACUGCCACGGCGGCCGACUCCCAGAAGACGGCCAAGAAGAAAAAAGACAAGAAGGAAAAGAAAGAGAAGAAAGCCAAAAAAGAAAAGAAGAAGAAGGACAUCAAAGACUUUGAUGACCAAAACAAUCAUCUGUCGGAUAGUGUCAUUGCUCCGGUCGUGAUUGCGUGGAAAUCCUUAGUAGAUGACAAACGUCUCGUCAUGAAAUAUCGUGUCGUCGCUGUACCUCACGAUCAGCACCAAGUAUUAGUCCCGGUACAGCUCCACAAUCGCAGUGGCAAAUUGAUUCAUUCGAUGAUCUUUAAUGUGGUCGACUCUACCAACGCCCGUCUAUGCCGUGGUCAGCACGAGCAAGACGGGGUGGAAUUGCCUCACCAGUUAGCCAGCCAAAGCCGAGUCGAAAUUCCAUUUGCUUUCGCUGUUGCCGACAGCACCAUGCUGCACCAGCUCAGAGGUGUUUUGACCUACAUGACUCAGGGAGAAAACGGAUCUGUCUCGGAAAAGUUGGAUUUCAAACUGCAAGUUCCAUGUAGCGUCUUCCUCUCUUCUGACCCCAUCAGUGGCGAUCAAUUUGCCGAAUUAUUGGCUUCCCAGGAACUGAUCGGCAAAGACAAGGCAGUGUGCGAAGGAAUUGCUUUAUCUCAGGCGAUUGAUCGUGUCAGUCGAGAGCUUAAUAUGCGUUUAGUCGAAAUGGAUAGUUCGGGAACAUCUGCCUCGUUAUACUGUCGCCACUCCACCGCUCAUCAUCUCUGCAUUCUCAUGAAAUCACAGGCGGAUGGUCGACUGAGCAUUUACGGAAAGAGCAGUAACCCGUCAUUGGUAUCGUCGGUCAUGGAAGAAAUGCGGAAAAUGUUUGCUUAAUAAAAAAACGUGUCGCUCCUGUCGAUCCGGUUUGACGCAUUAAACCUAAGAUGAUGUUUCAAUGCAAAACCUGAAGGGAAGUUUAUAACCGAAAAGCCGAAAAGAGAGAAAAAAAAAGAGCCUUUUUGAAGUUGUUAACCUAUUCCAAGUUGAAUUCUAAUGUCAAUCCAAUCUUAACAUGUUACUGUAUUUUUCUAAGUGGAUAAGGGUUGGGCGAGAUGGUGAAGCGCAAUUGGAUCGGUGGUCAUGAAUCAUCUUGUGCUCAGCUUCCGUAAACUUCAAAAAAACAACAGCGAAAGAGAAAUAUACAAUUUGGUUGAUUA